GUCUGUGUCCAGCUGUUGGACUCGGAGGCCCGGUCUGGGGAGCAGGUCCCUCUGCUGCUGAAGAUGAAGAGGAGUCAGCUGGCUCUCAGUAAAGCUGUGGAGAGCGGAGACACCGACCUGGUGUACACGGUGGUGACGUACCUGAAGAACGAGAUGAACAGAGGAGACUUCUUCAUGACUCUGAGGAACCAGCCGGUCGCUCUCAGCCUCUACAGACAGGUGCUCCUCAUCACCUCCUGCUGCUCCUCAUCACCUCCUGCUGCUCCUCAUCACCUCCUGCUGCUCCUGCUCUUCCUCUUCCUUCUCAUUACCUUCUGCUGAUCUUUCUGCUCCUCCUAUUCUUCCUCAUCCUUCUGCUCCUGCUACUCCUCCUGCUCCUCAUCACAUUCUCAUCACAUGUUCUUCAUUAGAGCAGUACUCUGUGGGAGCAGUACUUCAUUAGAGCAGUACUUUGUGAGAGCAGUACUUCAUU